UCAUAUUACGAUCUAUAACCUCACUUUUCAAAUUGGUCGACAUGCGUUCGUGCAUCUUGAAAAAUCUUCUUUGUACGCGGCGAAUAUUGCGCGGUAAUUACGCGAAGACGUUAACGUAUUCUCAGUUGAAAUUAACGAGACGAUUCUCGAAUAAUGUAGGCAAUAAGUAUGACAACGAGAAUAACAAUGUGCGUAGGGGUGAUAAUCAUAACCUUGCAGCUGCUAUAAAUGAAAAAUACAAGCUUUUCUCCGAGAAUGCAGACGUAAUCUUGGAUGUGAGCGAAGAACGGCAGAGGAUCAAUCUUGAAGAACUACAGGCACAAGAGGAAGUCCAUAAUCCUUACGCUGAUCUAAACCUAAGUCAUGGUGUUACUGAUGUGUUUGACAUUGAGGAUCUCGUCGCAUUGCUAGAGCGAGACAAAGCCAGAAACAUCUUUGUUGCAUCAGUGCCAAAAGAAUAUGCUUAUGUGGACUACAUUGUUGUUGUGACAGGAAAAUCGCAGAAGCAUAUGAGUGCACUUGCCACUUUUGUACGCAAGGUUUAUAAAUUGAAAAAACAUCAGACUGACCAAAUACCUAAAAUUGAAGGAGAGCAAUCAAAAGAUUGGAUAGCAAUAGAUUUAGGAAAUAUUGCUCUGCAUAUCUUUUCUGAUUCUGCUAGAAAACAUUACGAUUUGGAAACCCUGUGGACGGUUGGCUCGCAAUACGAUGAUAAGACUAAUGAGUUAGAAGAGUUGAAUAUUAUGGAUCAGUAUAAUGCUUUCUUGGUUGAUUUUCAACCAGCUGAUAAAGCUCAAUGAUUUUGUUGAGUAUGCGUGAUUCAAUAAGUUAUAAACUUAUCGAGCUAAUUAAAAAUAAAAUUAAUAAACAUUAUUCUUCAAUAACAUAA